CAGCACAGACACACACUCGCGUGCUUUCUAAGGCAGUCAGAACGACAGAGCAAGCGGACGAGUGCAGAACCAGAGAGCGAGGAGAAGAAGAAAUGAGGAGAUUAGUGCUGCAGGAGGUGAUGCGAAACUCAGAAAAAAAAUGGACAACUCUCUUCUGCAUCUUGUGCUGAAAGAUUUAAAUCUCUGGGUCACGUCCUAGGAAAAAAGUUCUCUGGUGGCUCGUUUUGUGUGAGCACUUAUAAAAACGUGUAAAGGGAAACUAAAGAAGCAAAGGAUCACAGCUUGGGAGGAUCUAGAUGAGUGAAGACAACACGGGCAAGAAGAAAAAAGGCAUGUGGCAUAAGACUAAAGAGCAAGAAGUGCUGAGGGAUUCGAGGUGAAGUGGGACAAUGCUGGCCGAGCCCCAGGAAAAAGACACAGCACAUUGUUCUUGGUCCAAGCGAGCGAAAGCAGCAUGUCUUCUCCCGAUGGAGAGAAGCUGCACUGGGCCUCGCUGCUCUUCCUCAUGGCCAUCCUGCCCACCAUUGGCGGAAACAUCCUGGUCAUCCUGGCCGUGUCGUUGGAGCGCAAACUCCAAAAUGCCACUAACUACUUCCUCAUGUCUCUAGCUGUAGCUGACCUGCUGGUGGGACUGCUGGUGAUGCCCAUUGCUCUUGUUACCGUCCUUUACAAUUCAGCAUGGCCACUUCCUGAGUUCCUGUGUCCCAUCUGGCUAUUCCUAGACGUCUUAUUCUCCACAGCGUCCAUCAUGCACCUUUGUGCCAUCUCCCUUGACCGUUACAUCGCCAUCAAAAAGCCCAUUCAGCACAGCCAGUACAACUCCCGAGCCAAAGCCAUAGCCAAAAUUGCACUCGUCUGGUUGAUAUCAAUAGGAAUCGCCAUACCCAUACCCAUCAAAGGACUGAAAAGCCCAAACCAUUCAAUGAACAUAACUUUCAACAGCAACCACACCUGCCUGUUGACACUAGAGGGCUUUGCAGAGUUUAAAUUAUUUGGCUCUCUGGCCGCCUUCUUCAUCCCCCUCAUGAUCAUGAUGAUUAUAUACCUGCUAACGAUCCAAGUGCUGCGCAAGAAAGUGUAUCUCCUUAGAUCGAGGGCGUCUCAGCAAGUCAACAGACCCACGGUGUGCACGGUCUUCCAAAGAGAGCAGACGGUUCCAUCGUCACCAGAGAAAAUCAGUACGCUGGAUUCUAUUAAAAAGGACCAUAUGCUAGAGCGAACACUCCCCAUCACAGGGAACGAGUUUCCGAUUCGGAGACUGUCCACCAUUGGAAAGAGAUCUAUACAAAAUCUGAGUAAUGAACAGCGAGCCUCAAAAGUCCUUGGGAUUGUUUUCAUUUUGUUUGUGGUCAUGUGGUGUCCAUUUUUCAUCACCAAUGUGACAUCGGUUCUGUGCAAGAGUUGUAAUGUCAAACUGGUUGAGAGACUUUUAGACAUCUUUGUGUGGGUUGGUUAUGUUUCUUCAGGCGUCAACCCUUUGGUCUACACACUUUUUAACAAGACUUUCCGGGGAGCCUUUACGCGUUACAUCACAUGCAACUUUGGCACCGAGAGAGCAUCCAGAAUGCAGCACAGGAACCUGACCAAAAUCACUUUCCAGUCUUCUGUUGCAGAAAAUUCAAAAAUGUAUUUGAAGCAUGGGAUGAUGAAUGGCAUUGGUCCUGUAGGGUACCAGAGUCCUUUGCGAAGAAGACCCACAAACAUUCAACCCUCUAGUAGUGUCAUGCUGGACACUCUUCUUCUCACAGAAAACGAGGACCACAAAACUGAUGGAGUCAGCUGUUUAUAGCAAGCUUUGAUUUCAUAACUUCAAAAAAAAAAAAAAAAACCAACAACAACAAAAAACAACAACACAAACACCCCCAACAAAAGCUUAUGACUUAAACUGCUCAUUCUUGCUCCUAGAUCUGUCAAAAAAUUGACUGGCAUUCAUAUUUCACCCUUUUACAAAUAGAAAUGUCUGAAAUUUUCAGCAUUUUUAUACGAUGGUAUUCGAUACUGGAAUAAUAUGGAUAAAGGCAGGAUUGUAAAAAACAAGGAAUGUAAAAAAUGCCAGCUAUGUGCAGCAUGCAAAAAAACAACUGUAUGAAUGUCAUGGAUUUAUGGAAACAUACAAAGGUUUUUCCAACUAUCUUGCUGAUGUUAAAGCUCUCAUUUAUGAUUGAUACUGGAAUAAGAGAAUUCUCUCCAUUUACAAGAUGCUUAGAAUCAUCUUUGGGAUAUUGUAUGGCCUUUUCAAUAGCUUAAACAAUUAUUGAAAAUAUUAGAUCUUCUGAUCAAAUUUUAAGCUUUAAAAAGAUGCCGUUCACAAAGAACAGGCAAAGAUGAGAUCUUGGGCGGCUUUGGACCGUAACACUUAUCACUGGGUAGUACCUGCUAACUAACUAGCCUAGCUUAAUGUCUAGUGUAGAAUUAUUAUAAGUAAUGCAGAUGAAGUAAAGAUUUGUAUAAUUCUGGUGAAGAGGCUGUUUGCCUUCACUGUAGUUUUGGAGGCUGGAAAGUAAUUUGAGCUGCUCAUGUGACUUGACUGCAUGUAGCUACAGUUAAAAGAGAGAAUUUCAAUUAAAUCCCAAUGAAAAUUGCAUACAUAUAAUUAUACUGGAAAUGAAAUCAUUUCAAUUUAACAUCUUCAUACAUAAACAUUCCCACAAUAACAAGAAUGAACAGUUCAUUCUUUCGCCAUGAUUACUUUCCUCAUUUGUCACGCGACUUGUGACCUGAUUGGUCUGAGUGAAAGCAGCCUUUCUAUACAUCAGCCAAACAUUAUAUUGAAUUUUAAAUGAAUCUAUUUUUAAAUACAUUCUGGAGGUUAUAAUUUCUAAUCCCGGGAGUCUCAAAGAGUCUAUUUUUGGGCCUUGAUCAAACUUACUAUCACCUGACAAGAGAAUGUAAUAAUAAUCUAAUAAACUCAGUUGGUCACACAACUAUAAGCAGCCUAUCAACCUUCUGAUGGACAUGCUACAAAAUAUUUUUAUAUAAAAUGACUAAAUGAACAAAAUAGAAUAAAAAGUGUAUUGAUCA